AUGGCGGCGAUGGCGCCUGGAGGUGGUGGCAGUGGUGGCGGCGGUGUGAAUCCAUUCCUCAGCGAUUCGGACGAGGACGACGACGAGGUAGCGGCGACCGAGGAGCGGCGGGCAGGACUCCGGCUGGGUUCCGGGAGCGGCCUAGAUCCUGGCUCUGCGGACUCGCUGUCGCCCCAGGAUCCCGUGGCCUUAGGGAGCAGUGCGCGGCCAGGGCUCCCUGGGGAGGUGUCGACGGCUGCGGUGGCACUGGGGGGCUGUGGGGAGACCCCUGCCCGCUUGUCCAUUGACGCGAUCGCGGCUCAGCUGUUGCGCGAUCAAUACUUGCUGACCGCUCUGGAGCUGCACACCGAGCUGUUAGAGAGUGGCCGCGAACUGCCUCGGCUGCGCGACUACUUCUCCAAUCCAGGCAACUUCGAGAGGCAGAGUGGGACCCCGCCGGGGAUGGGGGCGCCGGGGAUCCCUGGAGCAGCUGGCAUUGGAGGCGCAGGAGGUCGGGAACCGAGUACGACGUCUGGCGGGGGACAGCUCAAUCGAGCUGGGAGCAUCAGUACUCUUGAUUCUUUAGACUUUGCAAGAUACUCAGAUGAUGGGAACAGGGAAACAGAUGAAAGAGUGGCAGUCCUGGAGUUUGAACUACGGAAAGCCAAGGAGACCAUUCAGGCCCUCCGAGCCAACCUGACAAAGGCUGCAGAACAUGAAGUUCCUUUACAGGAACGAAAAAAUUACAAAUCAAGUCCUGAAAUUCAGGAACCAAUCAAACCUCUUGAAAAGAGAGCUCUAAACUUCUUAGUCAAUGAAUUUUUAUUGAAGAAUAACUACAAGCUUACAUCAAUAACCUUUUCAGAUGAAAAUGAUGAUCAGGAUUUUGAACUAUGGGAUGAUGUAGGAUUAAACAUUCCAAAACCUCCAGACUUACUGCAACUCUACCGAGAUUUUGGAAACCAUCAGGUGACUGGGAAAGAUCUUGUGGAUGUGGCCAGUGGUGUAGAAGAAGACGAAUUAGAGGCUCUUACACCAGUUUUAGGCAACCUUCCUCCAAGCCUUGAAACUCCUCAGACUGUAGAGAACUCCUUGCUAGUACAGAAAUUAGAAGAUAAAAUUAGUUUAUUAAAUAGUGAGAAAUGGUCUUUGAUGGAGCAAAUCAGAAGACUUGAAAGUGAAAUGGACUUCCUCAAAAAUGAACACUUUGCCAUCCCAGUGGUUUGUGACUCUGUUCAGCCUUCUUUGGAUCAUAAAGACUCUGAAGACACUGGACAGAAUCCAGUUAUAAAUAGUUCAGACAAGGAAAAAGACAAGGAUAUCCAUCUCUCAAAAUCAGAUGAAGUGGAUUCCUCUAUUCCUAAGGAGAAUUUCCCAAGUUCUCUCCCCAGGAGAGAAAGAGAAGAAAUGCCCUCUUCUUCUCCAUCAAGUAAAAACACAGUCCAUUUUGAUAAACCCAAUAGGAAAUUGUCUCCUGCUUUCCACCAAGCUCUACUUUCUUUUUGUCGAAUGUCAGCAGAUAGUCGUUUAGGAUCAGAGGUGUCUCGGAUUGCAGACAGUGAGAAAAGUGUCAUGUUAAUGCUGGGACGCUGCCUGCCACACAUUGUUCCUAAUGUGCUGUUGGCAAAGAGAGAGAGAAUGGUUUUACACCUCUGUCAGGAGUUGAUUCCCCUCAUAUUGUGUACAGCAUGCCUACAUCCUGAGCCUAAAGAAAGAGAUCAGCUUCUCCAUAUACUUUUCAAUUUGAUCAAGAGGCCAGAUGAUGAGCAGAGGCAAAUGAUACUGACAGGUUGUGUGGCGUUUGCACGCCAUGUUGGACCAACACGUGUAGAAGCUGAACUUUUACCGCAGUGCUGGGAACAGAUUAACCACAAAUAUCCGGAAAGACGUCUACUUGUAGCAGAAUCCUGUGGAGCAUUGGCACCCCACCUUCCUAAAGAAAUCCGUAGCUCCUUGGUUCUCUCAAUGUUGCAACAAAUGUUAAUGGAAGAUAAGGCAGAUUUAGUAAGAGAAGCUGUGAUCAAAAGCCUUGGCAUCAUUAUGGGAUACAUUGAUGAUCCAGACAAAUACCAACAGGGUUUUGAAUUGCUGCUCUCAGCCUUGGGUGAUCCCUCAGAAAGAGUAGUUAGUGCAACACAUCAAGUAUUUUUACCGGCCUAUGCUGCCUGGACUACAGAACUUGGAAAUUUACAGUCUCAUCUUAUACCUACAUUGCUGAACAAGAUAGAAAAACUUCUCAGGGAAGGAGAGCACGGGCUGGAUGAACAUAAGCUCCACAUGUAUCUUUCCGCUUUGCAGUCCUUGAUCCCCUCUCUCUUUGCGUUAGUGCUGCAGAAUGCGCCUUUCUCCAGCAAAGCCAAGCUUCAUGGUGAAGUGCCACAGAUAGAAGUGACUAGGUUCCCUCGGCCUAUGUCGCCUCUUCAAGAUGUGUCUACUAUAAUUGGAAGUCGUGAGCAAUUGGCAGUGCUCUUACAACUUUAUGAUUACCAGCUGGAACACGAGGGUACAACAGGCUGGGAGACUUUACUGUGGGUUGUCAAUCAAUUGUUGCCACAACUUAUAGAAAUAGUUGGCAAAAUUAAUGUUACUUCAACUGCCUGUGUCCAUGAAUUCUCCAGAUUUUUCUGGCGCCUUUGCCGGACAUUUGGCAAAAUUUUUACAAACACUAAGGUCAAACCUCAGUUCCAGGAGAUUUUAAGACUGUCUGAAGAAAACAUUGAUUCCUCAGCAGGAAAUGGGGUCCUCACUAAAGCUACUGUCCCCAUUUAUGCAACAGGAGUCCUUACGUGUUAUAUUCAGGAAGAAGACCGAAAACUGUUAGUGGGAUUCUUAGAAGAUGUAAUGACCCUGCUUUCAUUAUCGCAUGCUCCUCUUGAUAGCUUGAAGGCUUCUUUUGUGGAACUGGGUGCAAAUCCAGCCUACCACGAGUUAUUAUUAACUGUUUUAUGGUAUGGUGUUGUCCAUACUUCGGCACUUGUGAGAUGUACCGCUGCUAGAAUGUUUGAGCUGUUGGUGAAGGGGGUGAAUGAAACUCUGGUAGCUCAGAGGGUUGUUCCUGCUCUCAUUACUCUCUCCAGUGACCCUGAAAUCUCUGUCCGGAUUGCCACAAUUCCGGCCUUUGGCACUAUUAUGGAAACGGUUAUUCAAAGAGAGUUGCUGGAAAGAGUGAAAAUGCAGUUGGCUUCUUUUCUGGAAGAUCCUCAGUACCAAGACCAGUAUUCUUUGCAUACAGAGAUCAUUAAAACAUUUGGUAGAGUUGGGCCUAAUGCAGAACCAAGGUUCCGAGAUGAGUUUGUUAUACCACACUUGCAUAAGUUAGCCUUGGUGAACAACUUACAAAUUGUGGAUUCUAAAAGACUGGAUAUUGCCACCCAUCUUUUUGAAGCUUACAGUGCACUUUCCUGUUGUUUCAUUUCAGAGGAUUUAAUGGUUAAUCACUUUUUACCUGGUCUCAGAUGUUUACGGACUGACAUGGAACAUCUUUCUCCGGAGCACGAGGUUAUUUUAAGUUCCAUGAUAAAGGAAUGUGAACAAAAAGUAGAGAACAAGACCGUCCAAGAGCCUCAAGGCUCAAUGUCAAUUGCUGCAAGCUUAGUGAGUGAAGAUACAAAGACCAAGUUUUUGAACAAAAUGGGCCAGUUGACAACAUCAGGUGCCAUGUUGGCCAAUGUGUUUCAGAGAAAGAAGUAA